AUGAACUCUAGCACUCAAGUUGAUGUAGAAAAUGAUGCUAAUCAUUGGAAUAACCUUCUAUUGGAUGUUCAGAAUAAAAGUCGAAAAAAAUUGCCCGAAAACAAAAACGUGUUGUUACUGGGUGAUAGUAAAUCGGGCAAAACAACAUUGGUGACCAAGUUGCAAGGUCUAAAAGAUUCAAAACAAGGAUGGGGCAUGGAGUAUGGGUACAUACAGGUCCGCGAUGACAGCACUGAUGAAAAUGCACAAUUAAAUGUUUGGACAUUAGAUGGCGAUCGUUCUCUUAAAUAUUUGAUGAAGUUUGCAUUAAAUGAACAACAUUUUGAGGACACAACGAUUGUUUUAGUUGCGUCUUUAAAGCACCCAUGGAAAAUUAUGGAAUCUUUAGAAUACUGGUCAGCAAGACUUCAAGAUCAUAUAGAUAGUUUAAAUUUAGGCAUGGAACAAACUCAAAAUCUCAGAGAUAAAUGUGUUGAUAGAAUCAUUGAUUACACGCUGCUUGAUGAUCCGUCAUAUGAGUCCAGCACAAAGGUUCGACUUCUCAAUGAUGGAGUUCUAUCAAAAAAUCUUGGAUUGGAUGUAAUUGUUGUUAUAACUAUGACUGAUUGCAUCAAAAAUUUAGAAAUUGAUAACUAUUCUGAAGAACAUUUUGAUUACAUUCAAUGUGUUUUACGAAAAUUUUGUCUACAAUUUGGAGCCGCAUUGUUCUAUGUAUCUGUAAUGGAAGAUAAAAACUGUGAUCUUCUUUAUAAAUAUUUAAUGCAUAGAAUUUAUCGCUUUCCAUUUAAAACACCUGCAUUAAUUGUGGAAAAGGAUUCUGUGUUUGUUCCUUCGGGCUGGGAUAGCUUGAAAAAAAUUGAAGUGCUCUAUGAAAAUAUGCAAAAAAUUAACCCUGAAUCACAUUAUAGUGAUGCUAUACCAUAUCCUUAUGAAAAACCACAUAAAGAACAUGAACUCCAAGAUGAAGAGGAACAGGCAUUUUUGGCUAGACAACUUGUGUUGUUAAACCAAAAUUUAACUCAACCACAAACACCUGUUGUCAGGAAAUCCAUAGAACUUACAAAACCAUUAUCAGCAAAUAAACGCAUUUCAGAUAAUCCUCCUCCUAGUAGUGAAAGAGCGUUGGCUAGCUUUUUCAAUGCACUUUUGCAAAAGAAGCAAGAAUCUCCAACAGUUAGAACUCCCUCAAAAAAACCAGUUGAUAAUACAGGCUCUCCAGAAUUAAGUCAAAUUGAUGAUGAUCCUAGUACUCCAAAAUAA